UAUCUGUGGUUAACAAUGGCGGACUUUGUGCCGGUGACAAAAUUGUAUUUUUGUGAUCGAUUUCAGUUUUAAUUGUGAGACAAAUGUUUUUCCUCUAUAAUGUCAAAACAAGGAAAAAGAAAAAUCACCGUGGAAUUACCGAAAACCAAGGACCUAUCGAAUAGACCCAGCGUUUUUGAGCGUCUCGGUACUAAGAAAACUGCGAGUGUGAAAAAAACAACUGAACAUUGUAGACAGUGGGCUCAGCAUGGUAAUUGCGCUUACGGUAAAAGUUGUAAAUUUGCAGCCACACAUACAUUGAUUAGCCCAUCAAAGCAGCGUGCGGCCAAUAAGGACAGUGAACAAAAACGUUUGGUGAAAGACGAUGGCAAGAAUAGACUGCAUUCUACCGUGGUAGUGCGUUCGGGCCGUAGUCCAGACGGCGAAAUUGACAACUGGGACCAAAAUGACUUAGAAUACGCCGAUACUGACGUCCUCGAAAAAAGGAGACAGCAGUUGCAACGAGAAUUGGAAUUGCAAAUGAAAAUGGAUUGUAGUAAAGACAUGCGUAAAGACAAAAAGAAAGUUGUUUCAAGUACUUCAUCGUCACGGAGUUCUAGCUCCUCCAGCAUAUCCUCCUCGUCAUCAGAUGGCAGCACGUCAUCAUCUUCAUCUGGCAGGGAGGCUAGAAGGAAAGGUAAGAAAGGCAAAUUAAAAAGGAAUUCAAGUUCUUCUUCAGAAGGUGAUGUUCCAUCUAAAAAGAAAUUCAUUAAAACAGAUCCAAAAAGAGAUAAAAGUGAAAAGAAAGGCACUCCAAAAAAGGAUGACAGGUUAAAGAAAAGUGAAAUACCUAAGAAAAAGCCUGCUACUAAGCCAGCCCUUGGUAAGAAAUCAUUGUCACCAGGUAAGAAAUCUGGAGGUACACCACCAAUAACGUCAAAGAGUUUAUCAAAAAAUACCGCGAAACACGGAAAAUCGCCUCAAAGAAGAGAAAGAAAUCGCAGUGUUUCGCCUAGAGACAGAGAUAAGGAGCGGGAUCGUAGUAAUAAAGAUAAAGACAGAGAAAAAGAACGCGAUAAAGAUAGGGAUCGUGCCAGAGGCCGUAGUAGGUCUCCAAGAAAAGGACGAUCUCGAUCACCGCGUCCACACCCAAAAGAUCUCCGAAAAAAAGAAAGCUCUGAACGUAGUCGACCUGUUUCGCCAAAAAAACAAGUAAGACGCGAUGGGAGUUCAGAGCGUCAUAGGAAGCGAUCAGCAAGCAGAGAUCGCGAUCGGGGUCGAGACCAUAAAGAUCGUUCGCUUGAACGAAGAAAAGAUAAACAUGACGAUAAAGAUAGGCAUGAUAGAAAAGAUAGAGGCCGUGACCGUAACAAGGAGAGUAAAAGAGAUGAUAAGCGACGCGGUCGUGAUCGAGGCUUGGGUAACAGAGGUGGUGCUGACAAGGGUUUAGAAAAACCGAAUAAGCCCAUGGAGAGGCUUCUUCCUCGACCUGAAGAACGUCUUGCUGCACUUGCCGCUAUUUCUAACCGUGUUCUCGAACCAGAUAAGAGUUCAACUAAUUCUAAAGACAGGCAAGACGCUCAUUCCGAACGAGGAGGUCGUAAGCAGGAUAGGAUUGACAGAGAUCGUUCAUCAAAGAGAGAUAGAAUUGAAAGUGUUGACAGGGAACAAGGCGAUUAUGAAAUGGGUAUAGAUCGUCAAUAUGAUAAUGAACGUAGCAUGGAACACUACGACAGAGUGGAUGACCGCUAUGAAGGUGGUCCUAGGGAAGAUGACAGAUCUCCAGGAUAUGGAAUACAAGGCAGAGAUAGGCACUAUGAUGCAGCCUACGACAUGCCUGGGCCUGCUAGAGGUUAUCCAGACGAUGACGACCGAAUGUAUGGAGAUCAUAUUGGCGACCAUCGUGGUGUAGAUAUCGGUUACGACGAUAGGCGUCCACAUCGUGACCACUCAUGGGAAGGUCGCUCAGGCUCUAUGGACCGUGAACGGGGUUACAUGCAUCCUCAUAAAGAUUGGGACAAUGAUGACUACAGAUCUGCAGAUUGGGGGCGCGAGCGACACUGGCCGAUGCAUGAACCUCAGAUGAGCGAGUGGGGUGAUAAGGAUGCAGAAAUGGAAGGCUGGCAUCAUCGAGGUCACCCGCCAGGUCCUCAUCGUAACCGCAUGCAUGAAGAUUACGGCCGAGGUAUGAGGAUGGAUGUUGGAAGAGGUGACGGCAACAAACGUCGUAUGCCUAGAAACGAUCCUGAUCCACCUUCCAAAAAUACCCCUCCCCCUGCUCAAUCGGCGACUGUAACUUCAAGGCCUGAAGCUGAUGUUGAUGACAAGCCGAUCCCUGAUGAUCUCAGUGAAAUCAGUGAUGACCCGGAUGACAUUCUAAAUAGAGAAGAUAUGGCAGACCAAACUAUGGAUGAAGACAGUCAAACUGCAUUGCCAGAUGAAGGUACCUCGAAGGUGGAAGGCUCUGAAAAAGACUCGACUCAGGACACAAGUGGCGCUGGCGAAGAAAAAGAAUCUCAAGAAGCUAAAGACGAGGAAGAUGUUGCUAAUUUGGACUUUGAGGAGAUAUCUGAUGGAGAAUUGGAGGAAGAAAGAACCAGAGCUGGAUUAGGCGAUGCUCUAGGUGUAGAUUGGGCAAGUUUGGUGGCGGACGUGCGUCGUCGCGAACAGACUGCACCCACUGGAGGAGCGCGUGACCGCUGGAAACCAGAACGCGUUCUUACACGGCUGGGACUCUCCAUAGAUAUGGCUGGCAAAGAAACUGUCCAAAACAUAUUAAAAAAGAAUGCAGAGACAAUGCAAGCUGAGAAAAAACCGCCUGUGGAAAAACAAGAUAAUGCUGAACAGAGUGACUCUGUAGAACAGAAUGGCCAACAUGAUGAAGGAAGAGAGGAGCCAGAAGCUUCAACCAUUGAUAUAGAUUCGUUACACCCAGUAGCUGCAAUUCAGGUUGCGAUUCAGAAAAGAAAACGCCAACGGGCUGUCUUGUUUGGAACAGGCUGUGAAAUUACGCGCGGUUUGAGUGCAAGGCGGGACUUGGCUUUACGGAGGUACUUGUGUCACUUGCCAGUCGCUGAACGCACAGGUCAAUCCCGUGUGGCGCCUCAGCCUGCCUUGUUCCAUGCUGCGCGAGCCUUACUGAUGCAGGCUCCUGUCACCGGCUGACGAAAGCUUUAAAUCCAGUAAUCUGGACAACUCACAAUGUACACUUUCAGUGCAAUAAACACUUGUGCUGAAUAUUUCAAAUUUUGUGUGAUGUGAGCAUGUAUACUGUGAUGUGAAUUCACGAACCAAUGCGUAUUUGUGAUUGAACUCUGAAGUGUUCUGAGAGUUGAUAUGAAAUGUCUGGAUUAUGUUUGCAUCAAAGAAUGAUGUGUAGUGCAAUUUAAAAUAGAACACUAGCGGAAAUGAUGAAAUGAAUUGUGUGUGGUGAUUUAUCAUAGCAGUAAGUUACUAUUGUUAUCGUGAAUAGUUAUAAUAUAAUGUUAGUUAUUGACUAUUAUCUUUUUCUAGUUCUAUAUCCAAAGCAAAUGUCACUUAAUCCGGUUUUCAGUUUUGGUUUGGUUGCUAAUAAGUAAAUGCUCAUAGUUAUCAAAUGUCUUGAAAUAAUAUAGCUACAUAGUUAUUAAUAUCCCUAUGUUUGUUCCAUUA